CACUGAUUGUCUCGGCAUUCUCUAUCUCUAAUCUCUCACUAAUAUAUUAUUAUUUUAUUCGUUUCUGCUUCCUUGAUUUUGCAUUUUAUAAUCUAAAAUAAUGCUUAUCAAGUCUUCAACUCCAACCCCAUUUGCUCUUUGCUUUUUGUCUUCGGUUGGUUCUCGAAAACAAGUUGAAAAGAGUAGCUAGCCAAAGAGAGGAAGCAGAAAGUAAAGAUCUGUUGAGUGGUAGAAAGUAGAAAAUCACAUGCAACAACCCUCCCUAACUGCCUUCCUUGGCCUAGGUUUUUGGUAGCAAAACACAGACACAGAAGGGGGGAGAGAGAGAGAGAGAGGGAAGAGAGAUCCUGUUUCGUUCCAAACAGCACACUGAAGAAAUGACUAAAGGAGAAGACUUUAAGCUCCUCAAAAUCCAGACUUGUGUUCUCAAAGUGAACAUUCACUGUGAUGGGUGUAAGCGGAAAGUGAAGAAACUCCUUCAGAGAAUUGAAGGUGUUUAUCAAGUUCAAAUGGAAGCAGAGCAGCAGAAAGUGACAGUUUCAGGAACUGUGGAUUCAGAGAGCUUGAUCAAGAAACUGGUUAGAGCCGGUAAACAUGCCGAGCUCUGGUCAUCUCAGAAGACAAAUCAGAACCAAAAGCAGCAGAAGAACAACAAUAAUUGUGUCAAGGAUGACAACAACAAAGGGCAGAAGCAAGCUGGAGCAGUGAAGGGGCUUGAGGCAGCCUUGAAAAACCAUAAGAAAUUUCCUGCAUUUAGUUCUGAGGAUGAUGAUGACUGCUACUAUGAUGAUGAUGAGGAAGACGAUGAAGAUGACGAUGAACUAAGGUUCAUCCGCGAGAAGGCAAAUCAGCUGAAUCUGCUCAGGCAGCAAGCAGCAGCAGCAGCUGGUGCUAAUGGUGCAAAAAAAGGAGCUGGAGGAGCCAUUGCUGCUGCUUUCAACAAUGGCAAGAUGAACAACAACGGUGGAAAUCACAACAAUGGCAAGAAGGGAGGCCCCAAUCAGAAUAUGGAAAACAAGGGUACUGCUCAUUCAGCUGGAGGGCUUGACCAAAAAUCAAUGGCUUCUCUGAAAAUGAACAAUGCGCAUAUGGGUGGUGGAGAAAAACUCAAUCUUGGAGACCCCAAAAGGGCUAACGACAUUGGAACUAUGAUGAGUUUAGCUGGAUUUCACAGCAAUACUAGUCCUAAUAAUCCUGGGAGUGCCACUGUUCUGGGCAACCAUUUCAGUGGAUUUACAGGAUCCUCUUCUCCAGGACUACCCAAUGGAGCUUUUGCCACUUCUGGUCAUCAAUACCCAUCACCAGUGGUGAACAUGAAUGGAUUCAACAACCAAGCAUCUUCAUUGAUGAACAUGAACAUGAAUAUGCAUCCUAGGCAUGCCUUCCAGCAACAACCCCAGAUGAUGUAUCAAAGGUCCCCUGUAGUUACUCCUAACACAGGCUAUUACUGCUACAACUAUAACAACUACAUCCCUCCCAAUUGCUCCUAUGCCUUACCUAAUAAUUAUUACCCUGGGAAUGAUCAUUCUGCAGCUCAUAUGUUCAGUGAUGACAACACUAGCAGCAGCUGCUCAAUCAUGUAGUAGUGACAGAUUUAUAGAGUGCUAAAAGGCUGAAACAAAGUUCGAAUUGACCUGCAUGUCUAUCUGCUUUACCAAGCUUUUUAGUAGCAACUUUGACUGUAAAUUUAGUGAGCCUACUGCAAGCACGUAUUAAGAAGAAUGCUUGUGAACUAUUCAGUGCUCUUACUGUGUUGUAUUAGGAGAUGUAUGUUUGGUUUAUUGUCUUUAACAAAGUAUGCUUUGAUUGUUC